AUGAAGCUGUCCCUGAAGUUCGAGGGUGAGAAUGAAAACCACGAGCAACACAGUGCGCAAAUCAUGACAGCGAAGGUACCCAUUACUAUACUGAAUAAGCCCUUUCUUUCUGGAGUUACCGCCACCACCGCCACGAACUCCGUUUCCGAGUUUUCCUUCUCGCUCUCCUCGAACUUCCCAUCAGGCCCAUCCCUCAGAGUCUCUUACACCCCCACCGCCUCUCAACCCUUCUCCCUCUCCCUCAAAUCGGGCCUGGGUCUGUUGGGCUCCCCGCUCCACUCUCCUCUGGUCUUCUCCGCCAACUUCUCCCUCUCCCCAACCCCAACUCCUUCUUUCUCUCUCCAAUUCAAACCCCAAUUCGGCCACUUCUCUCUCCACAAAACCGUUUUCUCCGACACCCCACCACCCCUUUUUCCUCUCCCUCCCACACCUCAAAUUGUGUCCCAUGAAUCCUCCUCGGGUUGGCAGAAUCUGAAAUUGGAACCAUGCGGUAACAGAGACCAAUUAGACCAUAACGCUUUGGAAAACUCUAAGAACGAUUCGAAACAGGUUUUCUCUCCUGCCGUUAGGGUUAUGGCUCGAACGGUUAUGCCUGUUACAAAAGGGUUCUUCUUGAACUUCCGCUGGGGUGUGAAUUUUCCCCGGAAUUUUGGUUCGAAAAUGCCGAGCUUAACGGUGAAUAAGAUAGGGUUAGAGAGGGUUGAUGAUGGGAAAGAGAGUAAUAACAAUAAUACUCGGAAGAAAAGGGAAAGUUCUGAAAUUGAUUUGCAGCUGUUAAAGGGAAUGUGUUGUUGGAUGGGUAGAGAUUUGGAGAAUGUGGAGAGGGAAAAUAGGGAGAUGAAACGUGUGUUGGAUGAGAUGAAAAUGGGAAUUUCCACCGCCAGAAAAGAAAUGGUGCCGCAACCAAACAAAGUGAGUGAAAGCUCUUCUGGGGAGUUACAGCGUCGAAGAAGUUACAAGAGUGGAAGACAAGAGGAUGAGAAAAAAGUGCAGCCAAACAAGUCGCAAAGUGUAGCCAGUGACGUAGAAUCUGAGUUGCAGAAAGCCAUAAAGGCUGCUACCUCUUAG